UGCCGUGCCCGCGCCAUGCCGGCCCGCAGCUCCCCGCCGCCCUCGGCGGGCGCCUGAACCGCAGCGGAGCCCAGGAGCCUACCCUAUAUUCGUAUCCUGAACUUUGCAUGCACAAAGGACUACCUGACUACCUCUUUCUGACCUGGUUGUUAUCCUUGUUGAAACCUUAGGAAAAUGGUCUAAAAAUAUCUGGAGGGGGAUUAAGUGGUUCAACAAGUAACGCUCUAAUGGAUGACAGAGAAUUUCCACCAAAUGAUCUACAAAUAGAUUCCAAAGACAAUCUUCAAGAUGACUAUAGGGUGGAAAGUUUGGCUUCGUAUUUGGUUUCUUCACCUGAUGAAAAUGAAAAUCAACUUGACAAUGACGGGAAUGAGGUUCUGACCAGUAGUAGAACUACUAUGGGAAGACAGGAUAAAGGUGAGCAGGACUGCAUCAACAAUAAUGAGAAUAUGGACAGUGGAGACUGUACCCCAAGCUGUAAGGAAAGUGAGACUGAAAGGACAUCUGUAAACGUCCAUAUGGACCCACAGCUGGAGGAAAAGCCUGUUAUAGAAAAGCAGCAAGGUGGAAAAAGAAGUCCAAGAAGCAAAAGAAGCUCCGGAAAAAAAUCUAAAGGAGUUCCUUCAGUGGGAACCACAGCAAUCAAGGAGGAAAAUACUCGUGUUACACAUACAGAUACAGUGCAUGCUGAAGGUGCUGUUGAAGCAAAUGAAAAUUCUCACCAAAAAGAACAAAACCAAACGUUGCAGUCCCUUUUCUCUUUGCUCCGUGAAGAGGUUGAGCAGAUGGAUUCAAAGAUACUGCCCCUGUGUCUCCAUCAGAUAGCUGAGACCUAUUUUCAAGAGGAGGAAUAUGAGAAGGCAAUGAAGUUCAUUCAGCUUGAACGAUUGUAUCACGAGCAGCUGCUUGCUAAUCUUUCUUCCAUACAGGAACAGUGGGAAAGAAAAUGGAAAACAGCAGUUUCUAGCCCAGUUAGAACACUGAGGAAUUCAGCUAAAGAACUGAGUAGUGAAGAGCUGGAAAAGCUUACUAAAGUUUGUUCUUCGCAUCAACAGCCACAGGCACCUAAAAAUAAGCCAGUAGCUGCAGAAAUUACAUGGGAAAGUGGUUGCUUGCUCCAGUUAAAGGGAUCAGAGGAUUCAAAGAAAAGAGAAGCUGCUGCUUUUAAAUCAGGUACUGAAACUUGUCCUGGCAUUGGACCAAAGAAAGAAGAUAAACAGCUGAGCACUCAUCCUCCAGGUGAAAACAAAACUGAGAGACAGACCGAGACAGCAAGCCUUUCCGUAGCAGCAGGAAAGGACCACAUGGAGGAGCAGCACUGCAGUGCUGAAUCAACAUUGGAGCCACACACCCAGUCCACAGGGACAGUGGGCUGGCCUUCUUCGGGCUGUUUAUCAUCAGGGGAUGCCGGUAAAGAUAACAGUUUGCAGCUGAGAGAAAGGCAGCUCUCUAAGGAUGCAGAAAAAAUAAAAGAGACAGCUGGGGAGCCUGGAGUGAAAAUCUCUCCUGGGCCAAUGGUAGAUGCUGUGGUUUUAACAGAUGCUGAUUAUAUGCCUACUGAUUCGGUUUCUACUGAUAAAGAUGUACAAGCUGAUAAGAAUCUUCUCAGAUCAAAACAUGUUGCUAGAUCUUCAGCAAUUGCUAGUGGCCAGCUCGGAAAUAGUGAUUUAAACCAGCAACAGAAACAGCCCAAUGACGAUGAUGAAAAAUCUCCCCAGGACAGAACUGCAUCGAACGUGUGCUCUGGAAGUCAUAAAGUGUCUGAACAUGAGAGUACUGCCCUUUCACGAGUAUGCAAGGAAAUGCAGAGAGCAGCAGGACAGGAGGAGAAGGUAAAAAAUGAAGAACAAGAAGAUUUUCUUCUCAGACUUUUAAAUGGUAACAUAAUAGACUCUGAAGAAUCAUUUGCAAGCUUAGCAAACCAAGAGGAUUUUGACACUGUUCCAGAUAUUUCACCUGAACGAGCAUCUUACAACUCACUGGAAGCUUUAUCACUAGAUGACAGCUUUUCUUCUCUUGAUGAACUUGCAAGAAGGAUAGAGAUUGCAGAGAUUGCCCCAGCUGAAGGAUUGGUGUCCAUACUGAAGAAAAGAGAUGACAGGGAAGGAAAAGCAAUUGCUCAAGUCCAGCAAAGGCAAACAAAGAGAAGAGUCCGAUUCCAAGAAAUGGAUGACACUUUUGAUCAAGAUGAAGUAGCUGGUGGCUCCUGUAUUUUGCUGAUCCUGCUGUGCAUAGCAACUGUUUUCCUUAGCAUUGGAGGAACUGCACUGUACUGCACCUUUGGUGAUAUGGAAUCCCCGGUGUGUACAGAUUUUGCAGCCAACAUGGAUUUCUAUUAUACCCAGAUACUGCAGCGUGUGGAAGAACUUAAACACUGGAUAGCCUUCUCCUAGCUGAAAUGAGCAGAGACGGCACGUUGAGAGCUUACCACUGAUCAUUGGUAGAAAAAAAACGGUGAUUUCAACACUUGCCACCUGCAGGUGUAUGUGAUGAUGUACUUACACUUUUACUUAGAAAAAUCCUAGUUUAGCAUUCAGGUGGCAAAAUGUUCACAUCUUAAGCUGUAGCAGCGUGGUAUGGGAGAAUAAAGUCCUUCUCUUCACCCUUUUAAGAUUAGACAAGCAGCUUUUCAAUAACUUGAGCAAGCGAAGAAGAAAGAAGAAAAUUAACUGUCUUCUGUAUACUCGCUCAUUGCCACACCUUGUGUAAGCAAUCUCUGGAAGCUUAGUUAAAGGACAGCUUUGAUUUACAGCUGUUUGUGCAAAGGUGUCGCCUCCAGCUAUCAUGCAAUAAGUCUGUGUUUUACAAAAACAUUAUUUUUCUUCUACGUCUUACUAUUUUUCUCCAUUUUAAUUCUCCUGGUGAGCCAUGUAAUAAUUCGGGUGGAGUGAGAAGAGUGCAGCAGCAUUCACAGAGCCCUCAUUUGGUGAAGACAGGCUGACCCUGUAUAUUGUAGCUUAUGGUGAAUAUCAUGAGUGGGAUAAAUCUGCUGGCAGAUUUCACAAAACUUCCUGGAACUUUACUCCUGGUAUUGUGUGGGCUGUUUUAGAAGUAGAAGGAUAAAAAAGAAAUCCUCAGUCUCACUAAACGCAGAAACAGGAGCAAGAUGUUUAGUAAAUUAUUCAUGUUACUGUAAAGUGGCUUUGGCCAGUUUUAAAGGACCUGGUGGUAGGUGUUGGGCUAACUGGGUUUUCUGUCCAGCUACGUCACUGACUUACGGUAAUCACUUUGUGCCUCAGUUUCUCCUCCGUAAAUGGGGAAUAAUGAUCCUUGCCUUUGUCUGUGAAUAUUUAUUGCAAUUAGGGCUCGUGUCUGAUUCUUGUGCGGCCCGGAGGAGCACACAGGAUCACUGAACUGUGUGGCUGCAGCCUCUCUCACUGAGUGAGCACUUAUGUACAGUGGGACUGAUCCAACAGAAGGAAUUCAGAGGCUCGCUUGAGAUCCGCAGUAUGUUGGUAGUCCAGGGCACCCAUUCCAGCAGAGAAAGCACAUUUGCAUCUAUUUGCCCUCCAGAUCUGAGACUUGUAAAAUCUGCUCUCUUUUUCUACCAGCUUUAAAUUAGUAAAAGAGUCGUUUUGAAUGGGUAUUUCUAUCACCUGGUGCUCAGCCCUUUCUGUGUGGUGUGUGAGAGAAACACCGACGUGACGGCAAAGGUCAGAAUUAGUGACACAGGCCUUUGGCCCACGCGAUGGUCAAAAUGUGGCAGCUGUUCUCGCGCAGAGCAUGAUGCUGACGGUGACGUGUGAAAUGAGUCCUUCACACCUCAGGAAACAGCAGCUUUGAGGGGUCUGCUUCACUCCGCUCCGCUCCCAUUUCCAGCUUAUUAAUGUUGUGUGAUGCAGUUCCUUCGGGUGUAGGAUAUUAUUCUGUAAACUACUACGAAGUGAAAUCUUCAAGGUAUUGCUCAGAGUUAGAACGUUAAACAGUCAUGCUUUCUGCCAUUUGCAAGCCGAUGUCCCUCUAGUGAGCUUGAUUGUUCCUAACGCACCGUUACACUUAACGGGUUUUUAAAGUGAAAGGUAAAAUCAUGUUUGUUUUUUUCUAUAGUAACAUGCAUGUAAGAUUUCUUUUCCAGUUUUCACUGCUGAGGCUUAAUUUAUCUAUACCUUAGGAAGCCUCAUGUGCAGCUCUAUAUUAAAGUAGCAAAUUUAAAAUACCCAAAUUAAUGAAAGCUUUUGCUUUCACAAUGAAACUUAGGAAUGGUAGUUUGGCAUAUUUUUUGUUGGUUAUUCUCAGAGCAUUAUAAAGCUGGACUAAUCUAAGGGAGAAAGGGAGAGAUGCUUUUGUAUUUUAAAGUGUUACUGGCUGGUUCAGUGUAUUAUUUUAAUUUCCGGUUUAUGUAUUUAUUUAGUUUUUAUUUUAAAGAAAAACUUAAUUUUCUUCUUUUUUUGGUAAUUUACUCAGAGUAAUUAAAAAGCAUGCAUUUGGUUAAAAUAUGUAUUUAUAGUGAUUGUGUAGUUAAGAUAUAUUUUGCAUUUCUGUAACUUUGCAUUGAGUGCUUCAGGAUAUUAAGUUUGUUCCUAAAAGACAACUGUUGAUUUCAGCUUAAAAAUCUGUUUAAGUUUUUGUGCACUUCAUCACCAAAAAGAUCAAGAGGUAUAUAUAGAACUAUUUAUUCAAAAAUAUAUGAGAUAGGAAGAUAGAAGAUCUUCUAUUCUACGUUUGUUUAAUUAGAACUAUUUUAAAAUAAUUAUUUUAUUUAAAACUGUAAAUCUAUUUAAAGUCAAAGCAGUUUUUAAUAAGCAGUUCAGUUUAAAAUCCAUGGUCCAAAUCCUGGUAUGGCAGCUUUGUGUGGUAUUCCCAGUGCAAAGAUUCGCUAACAUCAGCAGAACUGCCUACAAGAGGACCAUGAAGGGGUAGCACACCACUCUACAACAUGUGCCUGAGAAAAAAACGAGUUCCCAGAUGUUCUCUGUAGCUCAGCUACCGUACACUGGUGCUGUAACGUGGAGCAUCUCUCCUGCCUUCCUGGCCUGUGCCGAGAUACCACUCCUGCAAGGUGUUUCAGGAUCUGAGGGAGCAGAAGGAGCAGGUUCACACAGGCUGCCCAGCUCCUCAUCUGAGCUCUUCACUCCUCAGUUGCAGUCGAGGACUUGAGUCUGGAUCUAAUUUCCAUUGGCAUUCCUGUAUAAGAAGUGGAUAGUGCUAACUCUUGCUUCGCCUGACAAUUCUGCUGGUACACGCAGUUUGCGUGGUCUGUACUACUUUAUCAGACUUGCAGCUACCAAUGAAAAGAUGUGCUUUGUUUGAACACCACAGAGUGUGCGGGUUGGCUUCGUGUUGGCUUUCCCAUGUGUUCUGUUCUCUCUCAAUUGCUGGUGACAUUGCUCCCAUCAGAGUGGCACGAGGGGUCAAGAUCUUUGGGAAAUCCAAGCUGAAAGUCUAUUUGAACAGUUAUCCUCAUCUGAGGAUUUUGUGGUAAAAUAGUGCUGAGCAGCAGCCAAGACUGAAGUAGGAAGCAAGGAGAGGGAAAAAGCUUUUUCUCCCCUUUGUGCAUUUGUAAAGCCCUUUGUGUGUAAGUUUUCCUUUAGACUCUUGCCUUCCCUGCCACUGUCUGUAUGGUCGUUCUGCUUGGCAGUAGGGGAAACAUUUUGCCAGUGUAAAAAACAUUUGUAGCCAGUAGAAAAAAAAUCAGGGAAUGUUUCAGUACUUGUCAGUAGUUAACUAAUUUCUUAAAAGAUGACUGGGAUGUCAGGGUGGUAGCUCACCUUCAAAGAUGGAAGUUGUGGGCACUUAAUCCCCUGCCGCACUCUACCAGAAACCCCACCGCCCGGUUUAUUCAGUGAGUGUAAUUACUUUUAGAAAGGUUCUCGCGAUAGAGCAAAACCAGGAAGACGCUUUGUGCCCAUUCAGCAUGAGCUGCCAAAAAGAGCUUUCCGAUGACAUAAUCAACACCCUCACCCCAAAUAACAUGAAGCACACCAGGAAAAGCACUAUGCUGCAGCAUAGCCACGCCGUACCACGGGCUUGUUUUCAAGCAGAGUCAGUAAGGAAGCAUUUUCACAGCCCAGAUGUGCCAGGAGGAGUUUGUAAUCUAGACACAGCCCGUGUUUUAAGAUUUGUCCCGUAUCUUUGCUCUCAUGCUUGGAAAAUGCAUAGCACUGGUCACACGCAGUGUAAAGUAGCCUAACCAAAGGGGAGACUCUUGUUAGAGUUCUCUGGGAGGAAAGGGCAAGCUUGAAAUACCAAAUGAGCAGAGUAGGUUGGAAGUCCAAAUUCUUGUGUGAUUGGGCACUAUUCCACUCAAUAACCAAAGGAGAUGCUACCCUCCCAGGAAAAUAUCUUUGCCUACUUUGUACCAUAAUGUAAAACCAAGACCAUCUGAAAGGACUAAUAACCAUUUGUAACAAAUUUAACUUUAGCUACUUUUAGCAAAAUGAGUAAAUAAUUGUUUGAAACCAUCACCCAAGCUUGUAAUUUAAAUACUGUAGCAAAAAAAUAAAAAUAAAAAAUGUCCCAAAGAAAAUA